GCUGAGCUCUUGUGGCCAGUGAUGUCAUCGGACAGAAACUCUUCCUCUUUCUAAAUGACUAAGUGACACUUGGGCCUGUGACUGCCUCAAACAUGGCUCUGUACUGGUUCACUUUCAACUGACCUCCAACAUUCUGUACUGAAAUUAUUCAAAUUUGGACAAAGUCACUUUGGAAAAGUUUAGAGGGAAGGAUCAAGACGAGAUGGCACUUCAGGGGUUCAAAGAUGCUUUCUGGGGGUCUGAUUUCACUUGUCAUGCUGGAUACGACGCUUUGAUCCACAGAUUACGAGAUGGAAGGCAGAUGUGCAAAGACGUGGAGGAGCUUGUAAAGAUGAGGGCACUGGCAGAGGAGAGGUACGGGAAGGAGUUGGUGACGAUUGCUCGCAAAGCUGGAGGACAAACAGAGAUCAGCACUUUAAGAACAUCGUUCGACCAAUUAAAGUCACGAAUUGAGAUCAUUGGAAACUUUCACAUCCAACUUUCUGAUAUACUGAAAGAGGAGGUGAAAAAGAUCGAGACAUUCCGAGAACGCCAGAGAGAGCACAGGAAGAAGUUUGAAAGCAUCAUGGAAAAGGUUCAGAAGCAAAAGGUUACUUUAUUCAAGAAAACCACAGAUUCAAAGAGGAACUAUGAGCUGAGAUGCAAAGAGGCAGAUGAAGCCGAAGAGGCAAUCGUGACAUCCAAAAACAUAGAAAAGACACGCCAAAAGGCCAGGACCUGCAGACAGGCAGCCAACGAAGCAGAGAACCUGUUCUUAAACAACACCGUUCAACUCGAAAGUGUUCGCCAGGACUGGGAGGGAACACACAGAAGUACAUGUGAGGUGUUUCAACAAAUGGAGGAAGAUCGCAUCGGCAUGCUCAGGUGUGCUCUGUGGGACCACUGCAACCACUUCUCUCUGCAGUGUAUCAAGGAUGAUGAGUUUUACGAGGACGUGAGGAAACAUCUGGAACUUUGUGAUAUCACCAUAGACAACAACUUUUUCAUGGAGACCAAAAGCACAGGAUCCAGGCCUCACGGGCCCUUCUUGUUUGAGAGGUACUACAAAACUGACGCAACAGCACAAAGAAAUGGCCAAGCUCAUGUAGCGCAUGAAGGACACAACACAGUGAGGUGUCCGGAAGUCCGUCCCCGCAACUCGGCGGCCAUGUCCCCUGAGAGUCCACCGAACUCACCAUCAUCAGUGACAUCUUUUGGUGACUUUGAGCUUUCAGAGGCAGGAUACACUCCUUUAACACACCACCAGCGAGACACUUCACUGGCCACGUUUACUGCUGAUGAAGAACGAUAUCUGGUGCUUUAUGAUUUCUGGGGACGGGAAGACGAUGAGCUGUCUGUGAGGAAGGGGGAGACGGUCCAGGUGUUGGAGCGAGGAGACGAUGGUUGGUGGUCAGUGGAGAAAAACGGGCAGGUCGGAAUGGUGCCAGGAAACUAUCUGGGCAAAACAUAAAUGCACAUAACUAAAGCUUCCAAGACUUGUACACGUACUGUAUCUGUUCCAGUCAGUCAGACCAUAGUGUAGACAUUCUUUUAGCAAGCUUCACGUUAAAGUAGCUGCAGAAGAUCAAAGAAAAUACAAGAACAGCCAAGUACAAAUUCUCAAGGUUGUAUUUUAAUUAAAACAUUAUGAAUUAAAAGUUAUUUAAUAUACACAAUUAUUGUCUGAUCUCCUUUUCUAGUUUGACUGUGUUACUUUAAGUGUUGCGAAUGAUUUUAUUAGACCCAAUAUUGUUGUCACAUCUGACUUUUUAUAAAUUAAUUUGUUUAUCAUGUAGUACUUUUAUUUAAGCCAGAAUCUAGAGAUUGUGCUCAGCCUAAGGCCUGACUGAGUUCCUUCUUCUACAAAGCUGUGUAUGAAAACAAAAGAACAGGGUGAAAAACACUGGCACUUAAAAAGGGUUGUUUUCAUUACUUUUCUCUCAGGGAAAUGUCUGGAUGACACUCUGCUGCCUUUAUGUUUUUGUGACAGUAAGAUUAAACCUGAAUAUGGUAUAAAAUCCAA